GUCACGUGAAGAAAGCAGUCGGGAGAGCUGCCGAAUACUAAUCAACCUGUUUCACAUCAUAAACGCGCUGCUACAUUCUGCAGCCGAGCUGUGCAACAGUGUAUCUCAACUUUGAGAUAGAUCUGACUUUCAAAAAAGGAUUUUAUCACCCGACCAGCGCUUGAGCUACGCCGAUCACUAUUUCAAAAAAAGGGCAAAACUUGCCUUUUCAGUAGCUCGUGUAGGGAUAUCAGUUAUAGCUCGACAAAAGGCGAAUGUCCAAUUUCGCUCGCAGGAAUUCUGAAUCUUAUGUGAUGCACUACUAAAUGGGCAAACUGGGAUCCGUAGGAUUUUAUGCUUAUGUGGUUUUCGAGGAACCCCGGCGUCUCUCUAUAACUCUUCAACUUGGCACGAACCAAUGCAGAUACCAAAGGACCGUUCCUGUGGUCUUGGAGACGGACUGUGUCCAUCAUUGCGUUAAGUGCUGUUUCGAAUAGUGCCCUUCUCUCCCAGCUCGCGGGUGACAUGCAGUCUCUCAUAUCUCCGGUUACCAAGGCUAUUUUAGUAGCUUUGUUUAUUUUUGCAAUCUUGCUCAUCCUUUAUGUGAUUUUAUGGUAUAUAUGCCGAGACGUGGAUUGUGAUCACGGAAUCUGAUUUUGGAAAGCUGGACACGGAUUUGAGGGUAUCAACAGAAAACCCUGACAUUGGCUAUAACCGAGAGACAAGGGUGACCGUGUUUUUCCCAAACAAAAUGGAAGGGUUGCCAUAGUGACGGGGGGCGCCAAAGGGAUGGGUUAUGAGACGGCGAGACAUUUGACGAGCCUGGGAAUGCAUGUUGUGAUAGCCGGGAACUGUGAGGAGGAGGGUAUAGCAGCUGUGAAGAAGAUCCAGGCGGAGAAGCAUGAGGGAGAAGUGGACUUUCAGUACCUUGAUCUGGCAUCCCUGAGCUCUGUCCGUCAGUUUGUCCAGAGGUUUAAAGACAGAGGCCUACCGUUACAUGUCCUUGUCAACAAUGCGGGUGUCAUGCUGGUUCCUGAGAGGAAGACAGAGGAUGGCUUUGAGCUGCACUUUGGCCUGAAUUAUUUGGGCCACUUUCUGUUGACCAACCUCCUUCUGGACACCCUGAAGAAGUCUGGGAGACCCGAAUCCUGUGCCCGAAUUGUCACUGUUUCCUCUGCUACGCAUUAUGGGGGUGUGAUCACCCUGGAGGACCUUCAGAGCAGGUCCUGCUACUGUUCCCACGGAGCAUACUCCCAGAGUAAACUGGCACUGGUUCUGUUCACAUACCAGCUCCAGCAGAGGCUCACCUCUGCAGGGUUUCCAGUCACGGCCAACGCAGCAGACCCGGGCAUGGUGAACACCGACCUGUAUGAGAAUCUCUGCAGCCUGGCGCAGCUGGCCAAAAGACCCGUGGCCUGGCUCCUCUUCCGGACCCCUGCCCAGGGAGCCUCCACCGCCAUCUAUGCUGCCGCCGCCCCUGAGCUGGAGGGCGUAGGGGGGUGCUACCUGUACAACGGGGGGAGAACGCAGUCUUCAGAUGCUUCCUACAACGAAGACCUGCAAGCCAAGCUGUGGAGGCAGAGCUGUGCACUGGUGGGGCUUCAGGAUGAGGGCCGCAGGGCGGAUUGAGAGAGGCCUCCAGCGCCCCUACACACGCACAGGCAGACCCCCAACAUGAUAUCAGAGCCCCAUCCCUUUGUGCCAUUUUCCCUCCAUUGCAGGGCCAGCCCCCUCUCUUACUCUGCUCUCAUUCUCUGCUCUUCUCUACAGCAGAUAAGAGAAGCCCUGGUCCAUUUGGCUGAAUAGCAAAAAUUUGCAAAACUGACAAUAAUGCCAUCACAAAGUUUCACACACACAUUCAAAUGGGAGUUUCUUCCAAAAUGGGGGCAACUGAGAGAUUACAAGCCAUCACAGAUCAAGGUCCACCAAAUCUGCUAUAACGUAGUGUCUGUGUUAAUAUGAGCCUCCCAGAAUCUACAGAGAACAGGCAGCACAGACGUGGUGUCACUGUGUUAGUGGUACUUCCAACCCCUCUGAAAAGGCUGAAUGCUCUCAGUCUCUGCCUUUUUUUUUUUGAGAAGAAAGAGACAUAUCUGCAGUGUUUCAAUACCACUUUCUCCCUAGACAAUCCCACCAUGCCGUUUGACUGUGAAUGGUCAUGCUAUGAUGGGGCACAGACCGGUGAAUAUGAGAAAAAUAAACGCCUCAUGUUGCAAUCAUAAUUCCAUCAUUCACAGGUGAAGGGCUCCAUCUGGACCAUGAUUAGGAUUAAUGCAGAGUCCGCCCCCUUCUCCUUUCUUGCACUGUGAACAUACAUAGCUGCUGCAGAAUCUUCCAGAAAAGACGCACCUUGUCUCCAUAGGUGACCCGCCUGUGUCGACUCCUCCCUUCAUCCUACUAUGGGUGAUAUCUCACUGAAAUCCUGUCGAUUAACAGUUACUGUGAUGCCUUUGUUGUGAUCUAAAUGUUUGUGUGUUCUGUGUU